AUGAUAGCGGCCGCAAUUCCAGUAAAUGUAGAACAUAAAGUAGAACAUAAAGUAGAACAUAAAGUAGAACAUAAAGUAGAACAUAAAGUAGAACAUAAAGUAGAACAUAAAGUAGAACAUAAAGUAGAACAUAAAGUAGAACAUAAAGUAGAACAUAAAGUAGAACAUAAAGUAGAACAUAAAGUAGAACAUAAAGCAGAACAUAAAGCAGAACAUAAAGCAGAACAUAAAGCAGAACAUAAAGUAAAACAUAAAGUAGAACAUAAAGUAGAACAUAAAGUAAAACAUAAAGUAGAACAUAAAGUAGAACAUAAAGUAGAACAUAAAGUAGAACAUAAAGUAAAACAUAAAGUAAAACAUAAAGUAGAACAUAAAGUAGAACAUAAAGUAGAACAUAAAGUAGAACAUAAAGUAGAACAUAAAGUAGAACAUAAAGUAGAACAUAAAGUAGAACAUAAAGUAGAACAUAAAGUAGAACAUAAAGUAGAACAUAAAGUAGAACAUAAAGUAGAACAUAAAGUAGAACAUAAAGUAGAACAUAAAGUAGAACAUAAAGUAGAACAUAAAGUAGAACAUAAAGUAGAACAUAAAGUAGAACAUAAAGUAGAACAUAAAGUAGAACAUAAAGUAGAACAUAAAGUAGAACAUAAAGUAGAACAUAAAGUAGAACAUAAAGUAGAACAUAAAGUAGAACAUAAAGUAGAACAUAAAGUAGAACAUAAAGUAGAACAUAAAGUAGAACAUAAAGUAGAACAUAAAGUAGAACAUAAAGUAGAACAUAAAGUAGAACAUAAAGUAGAACAUAAAGUAGAACAUAAAGUAGAACAUAAAGUAGAACAUAAAGUAGAACAUAAAGUAAAACAUAAAGUAGAACAUAAAGUAGAACAUAAAGUAGAACAUAAAGUAGAACAUAAAGUAGAACAUAAAGUAGAACAUAAAGUAGAACAUAAAGUAGAACAUAAAGUAGAACAUAAAGUAGAACAUAAAGUAGAACAUAAAGUAGAACAUAAAGUAGAACAUAAAGUAGAACAUAAAGUAGAACAUAAGGUAGAAUAUAAAGUGGAACAUAAAGUAGAAAAUAAAGUAAAACAUAAAGUAGAACAUAAAGUAGAACAUAAAGUAAAACAUAAAGUAGAACAUAAAGUAGAACAUAAAGUAGAACAUAAAGUAGAACAUAAAGUAAAACAUAAAGUAAAACAUAAAGUAGAACAUAAAGUAGAACAUAAAGUAGAACAUAAAGUAGAACAUAAAGUAGAACAUAAAGUAGAACAUAAAGUAGAACAUAAAGUAGAACAUAAAGUAGAACAUAAAGUAGAACAUAAAGUAGAACAUAAAGUAGAACAUAAAGUAGAACAUAAAGUAGAACAUAAAGUAGAACAUAAAGUAGAACAUAAAGUAGAACAUAAAGUAGAACAUAAAGUAGAACAUAAAGUAGAACAUAAAGUAGAACAUAAAGUAGAACAUAAAGUAGAACAUAAAGUAGAACAUAAAGUAGAACAUAAAGUAGAACAUAAAGUAGAACAUAAAGUAGAACAUAAAGUAGAACAUAAAGUAGAACAUAAAGUAGAACAUAAAGUAGAACAUAAAGUAGAACAUAAAGUAGAACAUAAAGUAGAACAUAAAGUAGAACAUAAAGUAAAACAUAAAGUAGAACAUAAAGUAGAACAUAAAGUAGAACAUAAAGUAGAACAUAAAGUAGAACAUAAAGUAGAACAUAAAGUAGAACAUAAAGUAGAACAUAAAGUAGAACAUAAAGUAGAACAUAAAGUAGAACAUAAAGUAGAACAUAAAGUAGAACAUAAAAGUCAGACGUCACUAACGAAUAAAGUGAAGAAAAGGAAGAUGAAGAUGAGACUGAUGCUGUUGACGAAGAUGGUGAAGAUUUUUCCAAUGAAUCUGAUGUUUUUUGUUUGUUGA